AUGGCGGCCAGUAGUCGUCCAUCCACAUCUUAUACUUCUGCUACCACAUCUUAUCCAUCACGCCCGUAUGAUGAAAGUACUACCCCUCGUCCAAGCACAAGCAUGAGCAGGGCUACCACUAGUCGACCGCGGACUGGUAGACCUAGAACAGCUGCCUCGACCAUUGGUGGGGAUCAGCAGAUCAUCUGCGCUAUCAGCGAAUCCAGAGGACUUUCUCCUAUCGUCGGCUUGGCCUUUGUCAACAUAUCUACUACUGAAGCUGUUCUCUGUCAAAUAUCAGACAACCAGACUUAUGUCAAGACCAUACAUAAGCUUGCUUGUCUCGAGCCAACUGAAGUCCUUGUCAUGAUUACUGCCGCACAGCCUAAGUCAAAGCUUUACUCUGUCAUUGAAGGCGACCUUCCCCACAUCCGCAUCAGCCCAAUAGAUAGAAAGUACUGGGCUGAGACGACAGGGAUGGAAUACAUUCAACAGUUGGCAAUGAAGCAGGAUCUGGAAGCUCUCAAAGUUGCUAUUGAAGGCAACUAUUACGCAAUUUGCUGUAUCGCUGCCGUGCUCAAAUACAUUGAGCUCAGCCUCUUGUACUCCUUCCCUUUCCAUUCUCUUCGCAUCACAUACCAGCCGGCUGAUGGCGCGAUGAUGACCGAUCUUUCAACCAUUCACGCAUUAGAGCUUAUUCAGAACCUGCAGAAUGCCAGAUCGAAAGAUUGUUUGUUUGGUCUGCUAAACCAGACCCAGACGGCUAUGGGCGCUCGAGUCCUUAAGAGCAGUGUUCUCCAACCGUCCACAAGUGCCGCCUACUUGACGAAACGCUAUGAUGCCUUGGAGGAGUUGACCACGAGAGAAGACGUUUUCUUCGCUGUUCGACAAGGCAUGACGAUAAUUCUCGAUAGCACAUUGACCAUCACCCUGAUCCCUACGAAACCCUCCAUUCAGCACUCAGAGCAAUCAAUUAACAAUGUCAUCUCACUUAAGCAAUACGUGAAGUCGAUUCCUCCGAUUUACGAAGCACUGGAAACUACAAGAAGCGAACUGCUAGUGGGAAUAUACGAGUUGUGCUCUCCUGCAAAUUAUACCGACGUGCAAGCCAUGAUCGAUGACACCAUCAAUGAAGAUAUUACAUACCAGGUUCAACCUCUGGACUUACGUAACCAGAGGACAUAUGCAGUGAAGUCAGGAGUCAACGGCCUUCUUGACGUUGCAAGACAGACGUACAAAGAGGCGAACGCGGACGCUUACCAGCUCGUCACAGGUUUGGGUGAAACCCAUGAGAUAGCUCUUGAGAUGAAGUACGACACCGCCAGGCAGUACUACAUCCGCAUCGCUGCAUCGGAGAUAGAGGACCGCAACCUGCCAGAUGUUUUCAUUAACGUCUUCAAAAAGAGGAACAUGAUUGAGUGUCAGACCCUGGAUCUCCUUAAGUGGAACCAGAAAAUAAUGGACUCUCACCAUGAGGUGCUUCAACUGAGCGAUCGAAGCAUACAAGAAUUUAUCCAGAAUCUCCGUGCGGAGAUCGCGCCUCUGUUCAAGAUCAGCGAUGCUAUUGCACUCCUCGAUGUCACUGCUUCUUUCGCGCAGUUGGUAACCACCCAGGACUACUGCAGGCCCGAAUUGACUCGCACCCUCGCUAUCAAGAGUGGAAGACACCCUAUCCGAGAGAAGAUACAUAAAGAGAAGUAUGUCCCCAAUGACGCAUAUGCCACACGGCAAAGCAGGUUCCAGAUCAUCACGGGCUGCAACAUGAGCGGAAAAAGUACCUACAUCCGAUCAAUCGCUCUAAUGGCUGUUAUGACUCAGAUAGGAUGCUUUGUACCGGCUUCCUAUGCAUCCUUCCCAAUCUUCCACCAGCUCUUCGCCCGCAUCUCAAUGGACGACAGCAUCGAAGCGAAUGUCUCCACCUUUGCGGCCGAAAUGCGCGAGACAGCUUUCAUCCUCCGUAACAUCGAUGCUCGAAGCAUGGUCAUUGUCGACGAGCUUGGUCGAGGUACCAGCACUCGGGACGGUCUCUCCAUCGCCAUCGCUGUCGCAGAGGCUUUGGUGGAGAGUGGGGCCUUCGUCUGGUUCGCCACUCACUUCCGCGACCUGGCAAAGAUCCUUGCCGAGCGCAGUGGCGUCGUCAAUUUCCACCUCUCCGUGGACAUGAGCGAAGCAGAUCAGAUGAAGAUGCUAUACAAGGUUGCCAGCGGUGCGGUCCAAGAAGAGCAUUACGGUCUUGCACUCGCCAAAGUCGUCGAUCUGCCUCCAGAUGUCCUGCGUGUCGCGGAGCAGGUUUCCAAGAAGCUGACGUCGAACAUGGAGAAGCGCAAGAAGAACUCCAAGACUCUAGCACUGGUCAGGCGCCGGAAGCUGAUCCUCAGUUUACGCGAACAACUCAUACAGGCACACGAAGGGAAUAUGAACGGCAAGGUGCUGGCCACCUGGAUGCAGAAACUACAGGACGAAUUCGUGAACCGCAUGGCCGCUAUUGACGCGGAUGCUGCUUCAGCGGCGGACGAGAGCGAGGAGGAAUCGGACACUGGGACCGAGGUCGAGGCUGAAGCCCGGACAGAAAGUGAGGCGGAGGACCGCUCCGUGAGCCAUGGUGGAGGUACCCGGCCGGAAGAACCAGCCGAGAGCAUGGAAUGGAGCCCCGAGCCGCGCUUCGAAAUGACGGGUGCUCUCCAGUCCGAAACGGGGGAUGAGAGUUAG